AGCGCACGCACCCCGCCGCCACAUUUCGGCCGCCCGCCUCCCAAAACCCCCACGAAGAGAGAGAUGCCUCUGCCGCCGCUGCUGCCGCGGCUGCGGCGUGUACCGGCGGCGCUUCUAGUGCCGGCGCGGGGCCUCCUCGAGGCGCGCGUGCCGUGGGUGCGAGACCGGGCGCUCGACCACGUCGUGGAGCGGGAGGGCCACCUGGUGCCGUUCCUCCUCACCAAGGACGCGCUCCUCGCCGCCACGCCGCCGCCGCACGCCGUGCCGCUGCACUCACUGCCCUCCACGAUCCCCUUCCCGUACCGCCCGCUGCGCUUCCUGCGGCAAUACCCCUCGGCGUUCGCGCUCUCGCCGCACCCCAUCGAGGUCUCCCCGACGCCCCGGCUCUCGGCGCUGCACGCCGCCGAGGCGCAGGUCGUCGACGCCACGCUCCCCGACGCCGCUGACCGCCUGCUUCGGCUGCUCAUGCUCGCCCCCUCCCGCGCGCUCCCGCUCCGCCUCGUCGCGCGCCUCCGGCUCGACCUCGGCCUCGCGUCGGACUUCCAACGCUCGCUGCUCCCCAACUACCCGGACUACUUCGCGCUCUCCCCGGACGGCAGCCUCCUCGAGCUCGUCUGCUACAGGAAGGACCUCGCCUUGUCGGCGAUGCAGGCCUACGCGCAGCGCACCGGCGGCUACAAGGUCGGUGACGCGGUCGCCUUCCCACUCUCGUUCCCCAGAGGAUUCGAGCUGGACAAGAAGGUGCGCAAAUGGCUGGACGAGUGGCAGAGGUUGCCGUACAUCUCGCCCUAUGAGGAUGGGUCGCACCUGGCGCCAAGGAGUGACAUCACGGAGAAGAGGACCGUGGCGGUGCUGCACGAGGUCCUGAGUCUCACAGUGGGAAAGAAGAUGGAGAAGGAGGUGCUGGUCAAGCUUGGGGAGGCGCUGCGGCUGCCACCCGGGUUCAGGAAGGUGGUGGCUAGGCACCCUGGGAUUUUCUACUUGUCGCACAAGCUGAGGACGCAGACGGUAGUUCUCAGGGAAUCAUACCGGAGGCAAAUGCUUGUGGACAAGCACCCCAUGAUGGGGAUAAGGUAUCAGUAUCUGCAUUUGAUGCAUAUGGGGAUGGAGGAGGUUGGAAAGGGCAAGGGCAAAGAUCGAAGGAGUAGCCGCAAUGAACAAAACAUUGGGGAAGAGUUUGGUGCCGCGGGGGAGGAUGAUGAAAAUGAGGAGGAAUAUGAUGAUGAAGACGAUGUGGACGAAGAGGACAUGGAAGCGGGUGUUGUGUCCGAGGAUCAUGAGAGUGAUGACGAUGUUGAUGAGGAUAUGGAGGAACAAAUUUCUCAUUGAUUUUUGAACUGGCAACCACUCUUCAAGGGGAGGUGCUUGUACAUCUCUUUGUUUGGACUGCAUGAAUGUGUAGGGAACACAGAAAUACAGAUGUGCAAUCAACUCUGGUGACAGGUAGAAGCCCUAUUAGAAGAUAGAACAUGUUUUUGUUUAACUCAAUGUGAAGUACUUAGUGACAUUCAAGUGUAUCCUCUAUUGUUGUAUCACGGUGGCUUCACCUAAGUUACUCAUCUAAGGGUUGACAACAAUUGCCAUCUCUACUGCAUUAUGCAGUUGUCAGUUAGGUAUAAUAUAAUCAAUAAUAUAGUUUGGUUUUACUGCAGAGGUGAAAUCCUUUACUCAAUUAACUAAUACCAAUUUUUCA